UUGAGAAGAACCCAGAUCCUGAGAUGAGUCUACUGACUUACCUGAGGAGGAAACUGGGUCUAACUGGGACUAAACUGGGCUGUGCUGAGGGAGGAUGUGGAGCCUGUACCGUCAUGUUGUCCAGAUACCAAGCACACACUGAGCAGCUGCUUCAUCACGCCAUCAACGCCUGUCUCGCCCCACUCUGCUCCCUGCACCUGGUCGCCGUGACAACUGUGGAGGGCAUCGGCAGCGUGGCACGAAAACUACAUCCUGUCCAGGAGAGAAUAGCCCGAGCUCAUGGCUCUCAGUGUGGUUUCUGUACUCCAGGGAUCGUCAUGUCCAUGUACGCUCUGCUCAGGAACAACCCUGUCCCCAAGAUGGCUGACGUGGGAGAGGCGUUUCAAGGAAAUCUGUGUCGUUGUACUGGAUACAGGCCGAUACUGGAGGGAUACAGGACCUUCACCAAGGAAGGGGGGUGCUGUGGUGGCAGGGGGCGGGACACCGACUGCUGUCUGACCAAUGGGAGUUCAGCAGAGAGACGCUCGCAGGAAGUCGAUGAUGAAUCGACAUCUUUAUUCAGCGCUGCCGACUUCACGCCCUUUGACCCCACGCAGGAAGUCAUCUUCCCUCCUGAGCUCAUGUCUCUAACCAUAGGUCAGAGGUCGUCCUCACUGUCUUUCCAUGGGGACAGGACGACAUGGCUGCAGCCCGACAGUCUGGACGAGUUUCUGCGUCUGAAGUGGAAAUAUCCCGACGCCCGAAUCGUCGUGGGAAACACCGAAGUGGGUAUCGAGGUGAAGUUUAAGAACAUGGUGUAUCCGGUGAUUUUGGCGCCGACGUUCGUCCCUGAACUGAGCUCAGUGACUCAAACUGACGAUGGUGUGGUGUUUGGUGCAGCGUGCACUCUCAGCCACAUGGGGGCGAUACUGAAACAGGCGGUGGAGACUCUUCCUCCUCAUCAGACCCAGGUCUUCCUCGCUGUCCUUGAGCAGCUGCGCUGGUUUGCUGGGAUGCAGAUUCGUAACGUGGCGGCUGUCGGUGGAAACAUCAUGACCGCCAGCCCCAUAUCUGACCUCAACCCUGUGUUUAUGGCCGCGGGCUGUAAACUCAUCCUGAGGGACAAAGAUGGGAGUCGUGUGGUUCGGAUGGACGACGGUUUCUUCACUGGUUACAGGAAGACAAUCCUGCGACCACAGGAAGUCCUGGUGUCCAUUGAGAUCCCGUACAGCAAAAAGACUCAGUUCGUCUCCACUUUCAAACAGUCUCCUCGCCGAGAGGAUGACAUCAGCAUUGUCACUGCUGCGAUGAGCGUAACUUUCACACCCGAGACUGACAUUGUCAAGGACUUGAGGCUGAGUUAUGGCGGCAUGGCGCCCGUCACGGUGCUGGCUACGCAGACGGCGAACAGACUGCUGGGAAGGCGGUGGGGGGAGGAGCUUCUCCAGGAGGCGUGCUCCUCAUUGGCAGAGGAGAUGACCCUCGACCCCUCUGCACCGGGCAGCAUGGUGACGUACCGGCGAACUUUGACCCUCAGCUUCUUCUACAAGUUCUACCUGACGGUGCUGCAGAAGCUCCUCGACCAGGGCGUGGACGUGGCGGCGGUCAGCUCAGACUGUGUCAGUGCGACGCAGAUUUAUCGUCCAGAGACAGCGUCCAGCGUUCAGAUCUACCAGGUGGUGCCGGAGGGGCAGAGCCAGGAUGAUGUGGUGGGCCGUCCCAUGAUGCAUCUGUCGGCCCUGAAGCAGGCGACGGGUGAGGCGAUUUACUGUGACGACAUGCCGCAGUACGAGAACGAGCUUUACCUGGCGCUCGUCACCAGCAGCAAAGCACACGCCCACAUUCUCUCCGUAGAUGCCUCGGCAGCUGAGCGAAUGCCUGGUGUAGUCUGCUGUGUGUUUGCUGCUGACAUCCCCGGCAGUAACGCCACCGGACCGGUCGAAUACGAUGAGACCGUCCUCGCUGACAGCCAGGUGACAUGUGUCGGUCACAUCAUCGGUGCUGUGGUGGCUGACACUCAGAUCCACGCUCAGAGAGCUGCCAAGGCUGUCAGGAUCCAGUACGAAGAGCUGCAGCCGGUCGUCACCAUCCAGGAAGCCAUCGCCACCCAGUCCUUCUAUCAGCCAAUCAGAACCAUCCAGAGUGGUGACCUGGAGGCGGGCUUUAAACAGGCCGACCACAUCCUGGAGGGUGAGAUGCACAUCGGAGGGCAGGAACAUUUUUACCUGGAGACAAACGUCACGCUGGCCGUUCCCAGAGAAGACGGCGAGAUGGAGCUCUUUGUUUCUACUCAGGCCGCCUCCAAAACACAGAGUCUGGUGGCGAAGGCGUUGGGCGUUCCGUCUAACAGGGUGGUGGUCCGGGUGAAGAGGAUGGGUGGAGGCUUCGGGGGGAAGGAGAGCCGAACCACCGUCCUGUCCACUGUGGUCGCCGUGGCAGCAAACAAGCUGAAGAGACCUGUGAGGUGUAUGUUGGACAGAGAUGAGGACAUGUUGGUCACCGGAGGAAGACACCCAUUCUACGGAAAAUACAAGGUGGGUUUCCUGAAUAGUGGUAAGGUCAUGGCUCUGGACGUAUCGUACUACAGUAAUGCAGGAAACUCGAUGGACCUCUCUCUGGCGGUCAUGGAGCGCGCCCUGUUCCACAUGGAAAACUCGUACAAUGUGGCAAACGUGCGUGGCCUCGGCUUCCUGUGCCGCACCAACCUGCCGUCCAACACGGCAUUCAGGGGCUUCGGAGGGCCACAAGGCAUGAUGGUUGCUGAAAGCUGGAUGACAGACGUGGCUCAGAGUCUGGGGAAGCCGGCGGAGGAGGUGCGCAGGUUGAACUUGUACGUGGAAGGAGAGUCAACACCGUACAACCAGAUCCUGGAUCAGUUCACCCUGGGUCGCUGCUGGGAUGAGUGCCUGUCACGUUCUGAAUAUGAGCAGCGCCGAGCCGCAAUCGACCUCUACAACAGACAGAACCGGUGGACCAAACGAGGCCUCGCCAUAAUCCCCACCAAGUUUGGCAUAAGCUUCACUGCCGUCUUCCUCAACCAGGCUGGAGCUCUGGUUCAUAUCUACACCGACGGCUCGGUGUUGUUGACUCAUGGUGGGACGGAGAUGGGACAAGGACUCCACACGAAGAUGGUCCAGGUCGCCAGCAGGGUUCUGGGUAUCCCCUGUUCAAAGAUCCACAUCUCAGAGACCAGCACCAGUACCAUCCCCAACACCAGCCCCACUGCCGCCUCCGCCUCCUCAGACCUCAACGGAGCUGCCGUUAAAAACGCCUGUGAAGUCCUCAUGACACGUUUGGAACCUUACAAGACCAAGAACCCCAAAGGAUCAUGGGAAGACUGGGUGAGAGCGGCGUAUUUUGACAGAGUCAACCUCAGUGCAAACGGUUUCUACAAGACUCCAGAUUUGGGUUAUGAUUUUGACUCAAACUCGGGCCGAGCUUUCAGCUACUUCAGCUACGGCGUCGCCUGUUCAGAGGUGGAGAUCGACUGUCUGACCGGAGCUCAGAAGAACCUGAGCACUACCAUCGUAAUGGACGUUGGUCACAGCCUCAACCCGGCCAUAGACAUCGGACAGGUGGAGGGGGCGUUCAUGCAGGGUCUGGGUCUCUUCACGCUGGAGGAGCUUCAUUACUCUCCUCAGGGUGUCCUCCUCACUCGAGGACCUGGUUCUUAUAAGAUCCCAGCCUUUGGUGACAUCCCCACCGAGCUAAUUGUCUCGCUGCUCCGCGACGCACCAAACGACAAGGCCAUUUUCGCCUCCAAGGCUGUCGGUGAGCCUCCUCUUUUCCUGGCGGCAUCGGUUUUCUAUGCCAUCAAAGAUGCCAUCACCGCUGCCCGAGUGGAGUCGGGCAUCAGUGGUCCCUUCAGGCUAGACAGCCCCGCCUCCGCCGAGAGGAUCCGCAACGCCUGCAGUGACAGAUUCACCAAACUGGUUCCUUCUGCAGAACGAGGCUCCUUCACCCCGUGGUCUGUUCAAGUCUAAGACUGGACGGAGAGACGGUGGUCUGAUGGUGGUGUGAUGGUCUCUGGAGAAUCUGUAACCACCAUAACGCAGAUUUCCCCACCUGGUCAUUUCCAUCUGUUGGAUCAGAGUUCAUAUUGUCUUCAUCAUUUAAUGACGUGCUACACCUGGGUUUGGUUUCUAUGACAAUCAAUCAAUCAAUCAAUCAAUUUUAUUCAUAAAGCCCAAUAUCACAAAUCACAAU